AUGGAUAUUGCACGUCAACAAAUCAAGAAAAACACGCCUGCUUGCGUAGUUCAACACACUCUUCGUACUUUGAUGACUGCCCCUGCCCCAGUCGCGCGUUAUGCUGUUUACGACCUUACCAGACCUACUGGCAGCCAAAAGAAAUGGAUCAAGUAUUUUGAUAAUCAACACUGGAAAGGUGCUCUUAUUGCACCUGACAUCAAGAAGGACAAUGAACACACAGCUUUGGAACGAUUGAAGAAUGCUGACCUUGUUAUCUAUGAAAUUCAUGGUGGUGGUUUUCGCGUUGGACAUUGUCUUGCUCCGAAGGUAUAUUAUCCAGCACCUAUUCAAACAUGUGUUAGUGGAUAUCAAUACUUGACUACUGAACUGGGUGUCUCUCCUACCAAAAUAAUUAUUUCUGGAGAUUCUGCUGGCGGAAUCAUCAGUUUGGAAAUGCUUUGUCAUAUUUAUGCACCUGGAUUACUUACCGACCCAUAUGCAAAACGUACCAACUUUGAUAUCGAUUUACCAGCAGGUAUAUUACUUUCUUCACCCGUGAUAUCAGUCAAUCAAACAUCCGAAUCUUGGAAAAAAUAUGCAUCCUCUGAUAUUGUAUCUCACAGGUUAUUCGAUUUGGUGAUCAAGGAGUAUGUGUCAUUGAAAAAAAAUAAUCUGGACAAAAUGGCAAUGUUCAAUCUCUUUAACAAUCUCUCUCAUGGUGGUAUGGAGCAAAUUUGUCAAGGCACUAUUCUUAUUUUUGUUGGUGAAAAGGAAGUAUUCAGGGACGACAUCAUCACAUUUGUAGAUAUUAUCAAGAAAACAACUAGCAAGCUCAAAGUCAAUGUGUGCAAGGCUCAAUACGCUCAUGAUUGGUACCUUAUCCGUGAAAUUGUCCGUCAAGAAGACAAGGAAUUGCUCCAUCGAUGUGAUACCAUCAUGGCCAAAUGGUGUGAUCGUGCACUAGUCUAUCAACGUAAAUUGAAACAACAAGCCAAGGAUCGAAAGGAAGAACAACGUGCUGAUGAACUUUCUGAUAUUGUUUCUACUUCCCUCGGUGAAAAGGUCAUUCCCCCUCAUGCUACUACUCUAUCUGAUUCCACUUCACAUCCAAUCUUAGUUUAG